UACAGCCGGACGGGGAAAGAAACAUAUUCAGAGCAGAAAAAAGGGAAGAUUUCUUUCUCUAAAAGUUCUGCAUUACAUCUUCAGAAGUGCAGUUUCCUAUUCAGCAUCUUCUCCACAAAUAUCCUGCACUUGCCCCUCCUGCUCUGCAUGGAGAUACUUUUUCUCCUCCUGCAAUCGAGGACACUUUCUCCCAGCCGGCAGAAACUGUGCACAGGAUCCCUGCACCACGAGCAUCUCUGGCAACUCGAAUGUCCUUACAGCUCGGACAGAGAGAGUGGCUCCUCUUCCAUGCAGCGUGCAUAGAGGGACUGGUUGCUUUUUUUGGAAGGUGUAGGAGGAGGGAGUACCGGGAACAGAGCGCCCCUGGAAGAACUACGGGACGAAGAAGAAGAGGAGGAGGAGGAGGAGGGCGCGUCACGCUGAGAAAGAGCAUCCUCCCAGCCCUUCUUACUCCCCAAACUCUCCCCUUCUUAAGACAGUAAUCCUUAAAAAGUGCUGUAGGAGGAUUUCAUUUAAGGAACCUCCUGCAGUCACAUAAAGUAUCUAAAAAAGUGCGUUAAGGACAAGUUAACUGAUAAGUGAUUUAAAGGGAUAUUAUAUUGGGAGUACUGGUGAGUUUAUUUGUCACACACACGCUGAUCCAGGAGGCUCCAGCACGCCGCAGAAUGGAUCUCCCACUAAUCAGAGGUUUAUCUGAUGUGCCGUGAGUGUUGGGAGCAGCUCGCCCCGGCCCCGGCCUGCAGCCCUGGUGCCGCCCAGCCGGGCUCAUCAGGAUGGACCCCGCUCACCCCUUCAGGAUGGAGCUGGACAGCCUGGACCUCCAGCAGGUGCUGUCACUCGACCAGAUACGUGCCAUCCGGGCCAACAAUGACUAUGUGGAAAGACCCGUGGCGCUGGAACCAGCGACUGGGUCUGGCUUUUUUUUUGCCCAUGACGACCGUUACCCUCAUGGAGUAUACCCCCACUACCCCCAGGCUUCCUUCAACCCCGCCCUGCCCCGCAGCCAAAGUCAGCAGCAGCACGCUCACUUAUCCCACUUGAGUCGUUCCAGUACCAUAAGCUCUUCCAUGUCUCGGACCAGUGCCAACUCGGACCAGCGGCUACUGGCAGGUUUGACCCCCUCUCACUCUGGCCUCGGCUCGGUGGUGCGAUCUCAGCCCAAAGGAGAACUCAAAGCCGACGCAUCCUUCGGUAAAGGCCUGACGGAGGACGAGGCCGAGCUGGGCCUCCACUUGUUCAUCUGCGAGCGGUGCGGGCGCUGUAAGUGCCGAGAGUGCUGCGCCCCCCGCCGCCUGCCGUCCUGCUGGGCCUGCGGACAGCGCUGCCUGUGCUCGGCCGAAAGCGCCGUGGAGUAUGGCACAUGCCUGUGCUGCGUCAAAGGCCUGUUCUACCACUGCUCCGCCCAGGACGACGAGGAUAACUGCGCCGACCGGCCGUGCUCCUGCGCCCCGGCUCACGCUUGUUCCCGCUGGAGCGCCAUGGGGCUACUGGCGCUAUGCCUUCCCUGCCUCUGCUGCUACCCCCCUGCCCGGCUGUGCCUUGCCCUGUGCCAGUGUGCCCACGACCGCACCACACGCCCCGGGUGUAGGUGCAGCAACACCAACACCGUGUGCCGCAAGAUCUCCGCCUCUAACCCAAACCCUGGUCCCCCCUCGCUCCGCAGCAAGGCCCUGGAGAAGCCGUUAUGACAGGCCUGGAUGGGGGCCUUGUAAAUCCGUUUCCCCUAAGCCUUCGCCAAAGCCAUGCUGUCGCCAUUCAACAGUGCCACAGCUGACAUUGUGACCCCCCUACCUACAUACCAUGCCAACCAACUAACCAACAAACUAACCAACCGCAGAGUCUUCACCUAAUGUACCUUGAUUUACUUCAUCUCCAGCUCAAGAGGGACCAAAGCUUUACUGUGCCUGUUCACGUUGAAGACGUCAAGUCUCAAAAGAAGAAAUAGGUGUUGGGCUCUGCUGGACAGCCUUAACCCAGACUUCCUGACAGAAAUCUCCCCUCUCCGCUUCCUGUGGUUUAAUCGGGACGUAUUCAAAUCUAUUUAUUUAUUGUUUAACCUCCUUCCUCCCCACCCUCUGCAAAGGGAAUGCACAGAGGCAGGCAAUGAACCAAAUCAGGAAGGAAAGACGCCUGUGGCGAUGGGUAUGGUCGCUGCCAACAGAGUUUCUGUCCUCUAGAGAAGAGAGUCAGAAGAAGCAUGGGAGAUUGAGGACACAAUGACUGUCAGAAAACAACUCUAUUGUGCCGGGGUGCAUAUCUUAUUGGGACUUUUAGCAAAGCACCAAGGCAUAACGUGAGAACAAAGACACUCAGUUAGACACCAAAAAAAGGGACCAUGCACUGUACGGACUGAGAGCAUUUCAAUGCUGUUAAGCUUAUUUGUAAAAGGAAAAGCACUGUGAGGAUGGACAAUGUUUACCCCAGCAGCCGAGAGCUGAAUGGGGAUUAUUUAACCGGAGGGAGGGUGCAUCCAUUGUCACUAGGCAGUGUGUGUGUGUGUGUGUGUGUGUGUGUGUGUGUGUGUGUG